CCUCCCCCCCCCCCCCCCCCAAAAUAUCUGCCUAUUUAUGUCCCUGUCUUCAAGAGCUUAAUUUACAUCAGCACAAAAUGCUUUUGCCUUCUCAUGGACUUCUUCAAAGUUUCUGGAUAUUGUCAUAUCCUAUUAUUCUAAGUAAUAUUCUAUUAUUAUAUACUAUUAUAGUUUCCUAUUAUUAUACACUAGACCCAGUUCCACACACACGGGACCUUUGUAGUUUGUGAGUAAUUAAAAGAUGGCCUACAUACACUUGAAUUACUAGUUGUUACUACAGGUCAUAACAUUGGCAACGAGUAAGGAAAACGACCUAAAAAGACAAAAAAAGUAUUUAACUCGACAUCCAGAAUGUGGGAUUUGAUGUAAAUUGUGAAAAUACUAUCAAUAUUCAAGAAAUUCUACUUGUUAUUGAACACCACGUGCUUCGGAAGAUAUUCCAUCAACAAUGACCGACGAAGAAGCAGCUGAACGGGAAACGGCAAUUCACAUUGUCACCCAGACGAGAAAUUUGAAAACAGCUCCGUUCAUUAUUCCAGAAGACGCCAACAUUAUCCGACGUUAGUGGGAAGGUUGGCUCAACGGCAUCGAAAGAGAAUUCCGUUACUUUAAAAUAGCUGACCCAAUUGAUAAUAAAGACGCUUUAAUUGUUUACGGGGGAAAGGACAUUGGAAGUUUUGAGAAGAGUUUACCAGACACAGCGGACGGAAAUGUUUAUGAAAAGCUGAAAAUUAAACUGAACAACUACUUUGUGCCAAAACAAAACAAACGCCACGCUCAAUAUCAGUUUCUUAAAGAGAGACCAAACCACAGCGAAUCAAUCACAGCUUACACGGGACGACUGAGAGAGAAAGCCAAGAAAUGUGAAUUUGGGAAUACAAAUGACUGAAGAAUCCUAGAAUAUAUCAUACAUACUAUCGAUGACAAAGCAGUGAUUCAAAAGACCAUUAAUAAGAAAUGGAAUUUAACGGAAUUUUUACAAGAAAUUAGCCAACUUGAAGAUGUCAACCGACAAGCCCAAGAAAUGAAGACACCAGAGAAGCCAAAAUAGGUGCAAAACCAACCACUAGCAGAACAAGAGGCAAUAAAAUCAAGUAUCAAAAACAGAAUCGACCGCCAGAAAACACAACUCAACAAAAAUGCAACAAGUGUGGAUAUUGCCAUAAAUCAAGAGACCGCUGCCCAGCAUAUGGAAAGCAAUGUAAUAAGUGUAAGAAAUGGAAUCAUUUUGCAUCAGUAUGCCAAUCAUCCAAUGGCAGCACACAUCAACAGCAGAAAUCAUUGUACUCCAGAAGAUCCAACACAGGAAAAGUCAAGAAAACUAAAGAAAAAGAAUCAACCAGCUCUGAUGAUGAAUACUUCCAGAAAGCUGUCAAGUGAGAUUUGCAGACUAAAAAGAUAAGCAACUAAACCUAAUGGAUGAGCACCAGUUCAAGGCACUCACUAACCGAAGCAAGAGGAAAUUGACACUGUCACCAAGUAAACCAAACUAAACACAUUACAACACAAGCUAGAUGUGAAAGGUGAAUUCACCACCAUUCUUAGUAAUCCGACAUGUGGAAAAAGUGUAAGAUUUGUCGUUGUCUACGGACACAUCAAUUCACCACCCCUGAUAAGUAAAGCUACACUACUAGAGCUUGGUAUGAUAAAGAUUCAAGCAUAUGGAGGACUUGCACAACCUAACAACAUGAAAAUAUGGCAAGAAAACAGACAUGUCAAGGUAGCAAAACAAAACACAGAAAUGCAGAAGAUGUUAAACAUAGUUGAACAAUAUAAUCACGUGUUUGAAGGUAUUGGAAAAAUCCACGAUAAAAGAAAUAAUCAGAAGAUGUAUGGAAAAUUCAACAUGAGACCCAAAGCUGCACCGAUAGCACAGAAGCCAAGACAAGUACCAUACUACUUGCAAGAACCUUUCAAACAAUGGCUAGACCAGGGUGUACAAGAAGACCUGUUUGAGAAAGUCCCCGAGAAUGAACCCAUCACAUGGUGUUCACCUGUUGUUGUACAACUUAAACCAAGCUUCAUAAACACUGAAAAAGAACACCUGCUACCACAAAUGAUACAUGCCAGUGUAGUUUUACGAGUACCUAACAGUUACAUGGAGCGUAGCAGAAUAACACAACCACCAAUAGUAGAAGACUUUGUACACAAGUUCCAUGAUUGCACCAUAUGGUCAAAGCUAGACUUACGUCAAGGAUAUCACCAGCUUGUACUUGAUCCCGAAUCCAGAUCCAUAGCAACCUUCAGCACACUGUGGGGUAAUUAUGGACCCAAAAGACUGGUAUUCGGAGCGAAAGCAUUGCAAGACCUUUUUGAUGAUGCUAUGCUGAAAAUAUUUGAUGACAUCCCACGCUGCUUAAACCAAAGGGAUGAUAUACUCAUUAGAGCAAAAGACUAGAAAAAACACAACCAGACACUACAACAAGUUCUUCAGAGAGCUGACCAUUUUGGUGUAUCUCUAAACCGUGAAAAGUGCCAGUUUGGAAGAAGUGAGAUUGAAUUUUAUAGAUAUAAAUUCUGUUAACAAGGCCUGCAACCUACAGAAGAGAAAGUUAAAGCUUUGAAGGAAUGCACAAGACCAGAAUCGAAGACAGAGGUAAGAAGUUUCCUCGACAUGACCGGAUACUUAUCCAAGUUUUUCCCUCGAUAUGAAUCCUUGACAAAGCCACUAAGAGACUUGACAUUGAAAGAAACACAAUUUAACUGGAAUGAAGAGGAGGACGAGGCUUUUCAGGAGCUUAAAGACAGCAUAUCCAGCCAGGAUGUGAUUGCGUUCUUCAAUCCAAAGCUACCAAUUAUGGUCAGAACAGUUACAAUGAAGGACUAUCAGCAGGACUAUUCCAGAAGACCGAGAAGGGAUGGCAACCAGUUCUCUUUAUAAGUAGAACUCUCACAGAGACUUAGAAGAAAUACAGCCAGACAGAAAAAGAUGCACUUUGCGUAAAGUGGGGCAAAGAAAGAUUCAGCAUCUACCUACUUGGAGCACCACGUUUCACUAUCAUCACAGCACAAAAAACCACUGUUAACACUUUUUAACAAAGCAACAGCUAACCUACCACCCCGCAUAGAGAAAUGGGUAAUGGCCAUGCAAGACAUUGAUUUGAGAUGAAGUCCCAGCCCGGAAAAGAUGAACAAGAACAAUAGGCUUUUUUGCCACAUCAUCCUUUACCAAUCACAGAUGAUAAAGACACAGAACAUACAGUGAAAGCUAUCAUCAAUGAUAGACCAGCAGUACUCCUAAGCAAGAUAAAAGAAGAAACCAGAAAAGAUGAAACACACUUAAAGCUCAGAACCAUCAUCACAAAAGGCGACUGGGAAAACCACAGACGAGAUGCAGACACUGCACCAUUUUACUCAAUCAAGAAUGAGAAACACAUAGCAGAAGACCUCAUCUUCAGAAUUGGUCAAGAUCGUGCUACCAAAGCUACAAUGAAAGGUGAUUGACAUCGCACACAAUUCAGGACAUCCCGGCGCAACUGGUUGUCUCCCUGAAUUGGCUGUCUCCCUGAAUUGAAAUUAGGUAUAAAGUUAACCGACCAAACACCUGUCCAAAAGAACUUUGUAAUCGUCUCGAGACCCCUGUAUCCAAAGGUAAAAGCAUACAGCUAAAAUGAUUGAGGUUGCUUAGGUUUAUGGAGGGUUGCUUAGGAGACUUAAGAGAUGAAAUGUUCCAUAUCUUGAUAAUGUUAUUGUCUUUAGCCGUACCUUUGAUCAACAUAUUGAAAAUCUUACAAAAGUUCUUCUUCGAAUGAGAGAGUAUAGAGUGAAAGUAAAGCCAAGAAAACGUAAAGUUUUUCGAAAAGAGGUCAAGUUUUUCAGUAGAGCUCUUUUGUGAGAAGGAUAUAAAUUAGACAUGGAUAGUAUAAAACCAAUACUAAAUUUGCAAAAUUUUGCUCCAAGAAGAGUUGAAGAUGUACAAAAAUUUGUUGGAUUUUUUGGAUACUACAGACAUUAUAUAAAAGAUUUCUCUCAUAUUGCUAUUUACGAUCUUCUAGCCAUAAAACUUACUUUAAAGAUGACACGAAUUGGAAAAUCAACAAAUAAAGCAAAAUCAUCAUCGAAACAGCUACCGCCAAAUCAUGUUAUUUAGUGGACAGAAUAACACCAAUCAAUUUUAGACCAAUUGAUAAAGCAACUAACAUCCCCUUUCAAUAGUGGCUUACCCAUCUCUCAAUGAUCCAUUUAUACUAUAUACAGAUGCAUCAGAUGUGGGUUUAGGAGCUGUGCUUUAUCAAAAACAGAAUGGUGUGUUAAAUUUGAAUCUCUGUACAUAUACGCAACACAUGUGCUUCGCCAGUCUUCACUUCUCGCAACACUCACAACAACAACAACAUAACAUUAACUUUAAUUGUUUUCUUUGUGGAUAAAAUAAAGUCAAAAUGUCACAAUUUUAAACUCAAUAAAUCCUUAAAAUAGUUUUCUUCCCUGUUGAAUGCACUUCAGUAAAUCCAGACAUGAUGCACCCAGCUUUGUGAGUGGAUUAGCCAACAUCUGUUCCCUUGGAAUCCAUUGAGCACUAUUUAUGAUUUUUCUUUCUAACAAUUCUUUAACUAACCCAACAUCUAUACGCAAACGUUUGUCUUCAACUGAUUUUGUGGAAAAGACAGCUGGUCAACAAAAGCAUCAAUAGGAAUGUCAUCAAAUGAGGUAAGCUCUGAAAUAACUUGUUGUUGAUAAAUUGCAUGAUUUAAUGCAUCAGCUAAACUGUGCAUUUCUUCAGCAAGAGUAGAUUUGACUACUCGUUUGAUCGUUGCACAUGACCAUGCUAAAGCAGCAGCUGUAUUGUUCAUUCCAAGUAGCAGAAUGAUGUGCCCUCCCAUACUAGAUACACCAUCACACAUAUUGGCAAGAGAUGCAUCAGAAAAGACAAGAAUAUGACAAUUCUUACAAGGUCCAAGAUGUGGAAUUCUGAUGAUUGAAUUGUGCUGCCUAACUCUUAAUAAACUUUUGUUGGCCCUCAAAAGAUCUGACACUUGGCUGCUGUUGAAUUUUGAACUCAUGUCAACAACAUCAAAUGCAAGAUCAGGCCUUGCUCCUUGUGCAACCCAGUUGCACUGUCGAACAUUUCUACGGAACUGCUUCUGUUCCUCAGAUGUUAAGGGGCUUUUCUUUUCCUUGGCUCUUCCUAGAUCAAUUUUAAUACUUUGAAUAUUUUCAACAUAUGCCCCUUGACUGAUAGUAAUACCUUUCUAGGUUUUCUUGAUGUCAAAACCAAUGUAUGUAAUAUUGUCCUUUGCACGUCGCCCAACUGUAAAUCUCUCGCAAGUGGUUUCAAAAUUUUCUCUUCAAAAUCUUCAUUACCACAAUGCAAAAAAACCCAAUGUGCAUAAUCAGAGCACCAGUAACUUGUGUAUUUGAUGUCAUGUAAAACAGUGAUGAAUCAAUUUUUGAUUGUUUUAUCCCAAAAUUGAUUAACUCCUCUAUUUUACUGUCAUUGAAUCGUCUUGCAGCAUCCGCUAACCCAUAAAGGGUCUUUUUAGGUUUCCACAAUGCCCCAGUACUCUGCGCAGCUUCUGGAGAAGGUUUUAUGAACACAUCUCUAUGAAUUUUUUUUCUUGAAGAAAGGCAGAUGUCACUAGAUUUUACUGUCCAACCCUUUCUAGUAACAGUUGCCAGAAAUAUUCGCAUGGUUGUUUUUGCAACUGUUGGAGAAUUACUUUUAAUAUAUUGGGUCUCUUCAAAACCUCUUGCAACUAAACAGGCUUUCAUCCCAUCAUCUUUACAAGUUAUGACCCACUUAGUGGAUAUGCAAGGCUGGCCAACAUCCUCAACUUCAUCGUAAACAUCAAAAUCUUUUAAUUUCCUUAGCUCAACAUGUUUCGCUUGCAAAACAUCACUACAAGUAGAGUUGGUAUCAGAGACAGUCACUAAGUCAAUUUCUUCAUUUACUUUUUUUCAAUCACUCAGUUGUUAAAAGUUAAGACCUUUCUUUUCACCUGUUUUUUUGACCUCUACAUUGAACCAGUAUAGACCCGUUUCCACGUGACGUAGCACGCUAAUGUAAACAAUGUACUCGCGCAUCCAUUGCGGCAAAAAAUGUGGAAGCACGAUGUAAACACACCUGGAGGCACAGGCAACUAGUAAAUGUGAAAUAAUAUAAAUGCGGAUAAAGUUGUUAUAGCUGUUAGAUUAAAUGCAAAAUGGCAUCUUUGGACGUUUCUUCAUACUCAGAGAGGUUGUCUUCAGAAGAUCAGGCAGAAUACUUUUCAAAGUUGACUCUCGAAACUGGCGAGAGGCUUCCAGAUCCGUUCGUGUUGAAGGAAGGAUGGACUGGCGACAUGUCGUAUUUACCAUCUCAGUCCUGGAGUUACCGAAUAUUUGAUAGACAGUCAAAGCAUCUACACCAAGGAAUCUAUGAAGGAGUAUAAGUCACUUGAAGCCUAUGAUUAUUUUCUGUGUAGACAUGUACAAGACUGCAUAUACCACAACAUUACGGAAGAAUCUGACUUCUGCUACAUCAAAACUGAGGUGCUGCCAAGUCAACGACAAGGGGAAAAAACAAAUCUUUACAAGGUAUGGGUGUGCCUGCAUAAGACAAAUGGCUGGAUUUUAAAAGGAAACUAUACAUGCAUGGCAGGUCUGGGAUCUUCAUGCAGCCAUUUAACUGCAUUACUUUUCAAGUUAGAGGCUGCUGUCCAUUACCAACUUAAUGAGAAGACAGCAUCAACCAGUCAACUUUGUUCAUGGAAAGCUUCAAGAAGACAGAUAAAAGCUGUGCCAGCAUCUGCUAUCGACUUUUCGCGGCCAAAGAAAAGAUCGCUCCCAAAGCCCUCUAAGAUGGUUUUUUUGAAUCGAAAUUAUAGCUGUUUUGAUCCAACAAGUGGAGAUGAUGGUAUUACGAAAGAGGAGUUGAAAGAACUUAAGCAGAUUUACCCUAUGGCAGCUGUUUUUACAAGCCUACCUGACACUGAGUAUGAAAGUUCCUUUGAAGUGGUUUCAACUUCGAUAGCAGAACCAGCAAAAUAUGACAGUGAAACAGAUACAGACACAGAAAACGAUUCUAACUGUAUCCCUGAGCCAAUUGUAAGUCUUUUUGAUCCAACUGCCAUUAAUAUGUCUCAUGACGAACUUGCUGAACAUGGAAGAAAGCUUUAUAGUGCCUACUGCUCAAGUAACUACCAAAGCUCUUUUGAUAACCUUUGCAGAGCAACUGAAAGGCAGUCACAGAAUAAGGCCUGGAUGGUACAUAGAGCAGGAAGAAUAACAGCCUCUGUCUGUUACCAAGUUGCAAAGAUGAAAAACAACCCAUCCCUGAUAAAAUCAAUAAUGCAGUACAAGACAUUUGAUUCCAAAUACACAAAGUAUGGGAGAGAUAUGGAGCCACUUGCUAAGGAAAAUUGUGUAUCUGAGGAGUCAGUGAAGCAUUCAGACUUUCAUCUUAAGCAAUGUGGAUUGAUUGUUGAUGCUACUGCUCCAUUUUUAGGUGCACCCCCUGAUGGAUUAGUGUCAUGUUCUUGUCAUGGUAAUGGAAUUUUGGAAAUAAUUCAUACAAAUACAAAUACAAAGAUUGUUUUGAUGCCUGGGAAGAAGACAAUGAUUUUCCAUUGGAUGAUAAACUAAAUAUUAAAAUUGGUCAUAAGUACUAUUACCAAAUGCAGCUUCAGAUGGAAUUGGCUAAAACCAGUUAUGGUUACCUUUAUGUUUUCUGUAGCAAGACAAAGGAGGGGCUGAAGAGUAUGGUAAAAAAGGAUGAAAUUUUUGUAAAGAGUUUAAAACAAGUGCUAUUUUCAAACUUUUGCCAGUUCUUUCUGCCUGAAAUUUUGACAAGGAAAAUGGACAGUAUGGGAAGUGAUAGAAGAAUGUACUGUACUUGUAAGAGGCCAGAAUUUGGAAACAUGAUCAGCUGCGGAAACAUUUUCUGUGAUAUAAAAAGAUUCCACUAUCCUUGUGUAAAUAUUACACGGAAACCAAAGAAGGACUGGUUUUGUAGUGACUGUCAUAAAAAACCUAAGCACCUUGUUUCUCUGCGCAUUUUGUCUUUAGUUAUUCAAUUUUGAUAUUGAAAUUUUGUCCAGGUUAUCAUAUUCAAAAAGACUAAUUUCCAAUUCUUGUGUUUCUAGAUAAUAUUUCAAAUUAUCUUUAAUUGUAGUCUGGUUUGACCACUUGCUAUCUGUUUCUUAAAUUGAAAUAUUGCAUUUAUGAAAUAGAGUGUUUGAAGUCAGUCUUGAGAUAACUACACUUUUGAGCCUUAAAUGUUUCCUUGUUUUUUGCUAUGCAUUGUACUUUUCUAACUGAAAUAUAAAGAUGAAAGAAAUAUUUUUCAGAGCUCCAGCUAGUAGUACUCAAAAUAUGAUGUAUUUUAUAAUGCUUUUUUUAAAUCUUUUUAAUCUUUGUGUUGUAAUUUGGUUUCUGUUUCUAAAUAUUAUUAAACUUAAAACAGACUGAUAUGUCUCAAUGACUUUUGAUCUUUUGGCAACUUGAGCUUCAUGUUUACAAACACAGAAGAAUCAGUGGCGUAGCUAGCGGUCAUGCUUGUCAUGCCGGGCAUGACCAUCUAUUUCCAGAGAUAACAUUUUUCAAAAAAUUAUAUUUUCGUAAGAAUAAAGUCCUAUUCUCCUGAUGAAAUAGCUCAGGCCAUUCGCCUCUGGAGCCCUAUGGUUCCACGCAAGAAUAUGGAGCCCUCCGAAGGCGCUCUUCUAUUGUUGGGCAUGACUAAAACAGAGGGUUUCCAAUUUAGUCAUGCCCAAAACUAUGAGCAUGACCAAACCCUGUGUUUUAGUCAUGCCCAUAACGCUGGUUCCCUAUGUUUGGUCAUGCCUAACAAUAGGAGUGACGCAGGAGAGAACAAAGGCUAGUCAUGCCAUUUCGACAGGGCAUGACCAUCAUUAUAAUCAUCAGAACCGUCCUGUGUUAUUUCGUGAACGCAAAUGCGAGGCAUCGAUGGCGUGCCUAGAUCCACGAGCUGGGAGGUAAUUCUCUGUAAGUAAAAUGCAAGCAAAAGAUUAUUGCCAAGCAGCCACGACUCAUGUUAAUCUCCAGAACAUUUUAUGGCAAUGGCAGGGUUUUUCAGCCUUAAUGGUGUUGCACUAUGUGGAGAAGUGACAGGCACAAAAGGCCAUUUUUGGACAUAAAAUCAGCGAGCAGGAUCAUUAUAUGCAACCAAACCAAACUCUCAGCCUUUUCAGUAAUCAAUUGUUACUAGCUGAACAUUUGCAGAGAAUGUUCUUGAUUUAAUGAAUGCCAAAUCUUGGUGCUGUUCACUGGAGAUGGAUGGAGGAGAUAGCAGUGUUAUUUUCCAAACCAACAGAUUUGAGAGCUUAAACUUUCCAGACAUCUAGCAGCAUAUUCAGAAACUGUUAAGCCCUUUAAAAGCAUUGUUACCAUAUUAUGAUUAGGACAAUAAGAUUGUAGUUAAUGGGUAGGGAAUGCCAAAACUUGCUUAAAGUUAUUCUUCAAUUUUUUGUUUAUUAUCACAUGCAAUAACACUGUUUUUACACACAAUUAAAGUCAAUCUCAAAGCUCUACUGACUUCACUUGUAGUUGAAAGUACCUUUUUACUACUUAUAGCUGUUGAAGUAAAAUGACCAGAGACAAGUCAAGCAUGUUACUGAUCUUGUUAGUUAAACAGUUUUAUUUCAUUAUUACAACUUUUGCUGUAUUUGAAAAUUUACAAGAUCAAAUUAUUUCAUUUAUAAGCCUUGUUUGCUAGAUUUAGUAAGAACAAUCCAAUCAUGUGGAUAUUUGCCACAAGUAUAUGUGGAAACAUCAAUGUUUUUGUUAAGCUAAACUUAUUUUGCAAGGUAUUUUUCUAUUAAGUCUAACUUUGCAGAAAACAUUUUGCAACUAGGCCUAUCCAUUAUUUUAGCUUCCAAUAUUUCAUAUCAAUAUUUACAUUGCAUAUUCAUUUGCCAAUUUGUUUUAUUCAUCUAUCAGUUCUAUUGAGGUUGUUAAUUAAUCGUGAUGGCUUUAAUAAGACUAUUUGUGGAAAAGAUGACCAAAAAGCUCCCAUUCAGUUUCAUGUGAUUUAUUGUUUCAUACACAAAUUUUAGCUUGUCUCUAAAAUUUACAAAUGUAUUUCAGCCUGCAAAUUGAAAGAAAUUAGGAGAACAACACAAUUUUUUAUUUAAGCUAAGUUUAACUACUAUACUAAACUAAUGUUUUUUAAUGUCUUUGGUACAGUUCUGUUUGGAAAUUGUCAGAACUCUGUCUGUAUAAAUUACCGACAAACCAAAACAGUGUCACAGCUAUAAGAUAAAGGUCAUUUCAUGGUGUAACAAGAUGAUUGCUAUGAAAUAAGAAAAGCUCAUUCCAAAAGUUAAUCAAAAUUUUUUUUAUAAGUCACAAGCCUUAAAAUAAAAAUUUCCAAAAGGAACUCAUCAACUAAAAAAUUGGGCGUGGUAAAAUUUGGCCACACCCAUAUUUUGUUCAAAUUUGAGGGGAGGGCAUGACCACUGCUAUUUGGCUAGCUACGCCACUGAGAAGAAUAGAACAGAGUGAAAAACAAUAGUGAGAAGCAAUGUUUGUUACAUGUCUUGCAUUUCUAAAAUGAUUCAAAAAUUUAUUUGGGUACUACACUUUUAUUUAAGUUUACUACUGCAGAAACAACAAUCAUGAUGUCAUCCAAAAGGUCCACUUGGGAGAUGGGGAUGGUUUUCUGUAGGAUCUGGAACUUUUUUAAUUGCCCAAUUAUUCGCUCCACAUGAAUUCUUGCAUUGGAAAGAUGUCGAGAAUGAUGAACAUCACUAGCUGGCAGUUGUUUUUUCCCUUUUGUGAACUUUGGAAUUUUGAGGUAUGCACCUUUACGGCCUAGUUCAUCCUCAAUCAAAAAUCCUCGAUCAGCCAAAAUGCAAUCUCCAUGAGUGAUUUUGCUGAGAAAACCAGACUCAACUGUAAUUUCCUUGUCCGAUACUCUUCCGCCCCAGGCCUCAGACAGAAACAUAACUGCACCUGCAGGACUAAUUCCAAUGAGAUAUUUAAGUGUAUUAUUUUGCUUGUAAUUUGACCAUGUCUGUGCCCUGGCUGUCAAAUUUUUUGGUCUCUCAAUAAAUAUCUCACUGCAAUCAAUGAUGCAGAUGCAGUCCCUAUAUUUCUGUUUGAAGCAUGUUGGUAAAUUAAGACCAAUUUCAGGUCUGUUUGGCCAAAUUAUUAACUUCCUUAGUUUUACCGACAACUUAGGAAGCCAAGAGCGCAUGAUUUUAGACACAGUGGCCACUGGACAAUCAAAUCUAUGGCUUAUGUCUCUAUUCAGCAAACCAAGACGCAACUUCAUGAAGACAAUUAGAACAUGAUCUUCAUCUGAAAAAGUAGAGUAACAUCCCUCUAACAAGGUUUACUACCCAUAAAAAACAGACUGUUGCAAUGCCAGUGAAGAACCUGACCAGGUCAUUUGAACAUUGGAUUGCUUUAGAACCAAAUGCUUUUUCUUUAAGGGUCUUGUUUUCUUCCCUUAGCCUAUAAACUUCAGCAUUUCGCUCUCUUAAUUCUUGGUCAAGUUUUUUGAUUUUCUCUUUCAGAAACACUUCUUGUGUGCCAAAGUCACAUUGAAUAGCAGCAUCAGUUUGUCCUGAAACAGAACUGGUACUGCAUUGACUAUCAUUACCAUCAGUAGGCUCAUCAUUUUGCUUCAAAGUUAUUCUCCAUCUGGAAAGUGCCUUCUCCCUUUUUUCCUGUAGCAGCUUAUAUUUGACCUUUUUCUUCAGCUGAUUUUCUGUCCUGAUAUGAUCUCUUUGGGAAGAAUGCGCAAAGACUGUUGGUGCCCAAUUUGGGUCUUCUGGAUUAUCAGAUCGCUUGCCUAGGUUACAAAAGAGAAAAAUAUUCUAACUUUACCAAUAGUGUUCCAAAAUUGAAACAAUAAUGACUGAAAAUAUUUAUGAACAGGCUAAAACAAGUUAAAGACUGGGAAAAUUCAAUUUUUAUUCAAAAACAAAUUGCAAUCUUGUUAUAAGCUUUUUUCAAAUGGAAAAUAAAAUGUAUUGCUCUAAGCCAAAUUCUAUGACAUCUUCUAUUAACAGCCAAAAGAGUGAAAAUGUUCAGUGUUUCUGAACAUUGCCUUAAAGUGCUACUGACAUGAAAAAUCAAAUAUUUUCAAAAGGGUUUUUCUUAGGCAUUAAACAUCACUGAUUCUUUAUCUGCAAAUAUUUUUCAAAAUAAGGGCCAUAAGUUUGUUUUUGGGGGGCUUGAGUCGUAGGAGGUUUUCGAAAAGAGUCUGGGGAGAGUGACGCAUUCUGGUGUGUUAUUAUAUAGUUUACGGUCAGGUAACCCCAAAGGAGCCUAUAAAAUGUCCAGCAACCUAAGGUGGGAAAGGAAUUUCCAGAUUCAAACGUUUCAUCUAACGAUGAGGAAGUUGUAUCGGAAGUGAGAGAACAAAUUUUCAAGACGAUGAGAAAGAUCCAUUACCACCUUCCUCUGAAGAUGGGUGAACAUUUGGUGGCGAAGCCGACACUUGGCUAAUUAUUCGGAUUUCAAUUCGGAUAAAGAUAAUAAAAAGUUUUUUCAAGGGAGAAAACUGGAUCGAUUUCUAUUGAUUUAUUUAUUCUUUUCUUAACAAGACGCACUUUACAUCCCAAGGUAAGCAGACAUUUUUUGAGGCGGCCUAAGUGUUCCGGUAAAUUGACAUUCAACAUGAAACAUCACAACCUGAUGUGAACUGAUCUUUAACACUAGAGCCAAAGCAAGCUAACUAAAUCGACUCAAAACAACAUAAAGAACAACCUUCUUUCGAGUGUAUACUAAUUUAAAUCGUAAAAUUCCAAUAAUUGAAUUCCCUGUACAACAACAAGCUCCAGGGAAACUCCUGGCUGAAGACACCAGCACAUAGAAAACCCCUAAGUACACUUUUAAAAAUGUUCCGAACCGAUUGAAACUUUGAGAGUUACCAAAAUUAAUGUGCAUAAAAUACAUCUAGUUCCCCUUGUUUUUUUCUGGUUUGAUGAGAAUAUCUGAAACGCCCCCCGUUCGAGCUCCAUACUUAAGCCUUAUAACAGCUAUCUCGUAUGUCUGUUUUGUUUCCCCAUAUUUACUUCCGUAAAACAAUUCCAAAUCGAUUGAAACUUCGUAGAGUAGCUAGAACUAAUGUACUAAAAAUGAAUUUUGGGUCUUGCUGGCUUUUUCCAAAACUUGGUUGAAUCGUUCAAAGGAUUGUUAUAAUUCUUGUACGUAACAUGUGUUUUGGGUCAUAGGUCGGACGAAGACAAUGGAUUGAAACCGGUCCUGUGUCUUCUCAUUAAUUUUACCCAAUAUUGACGCCAUUUUUUUCAGCUUUCGGAAACUUCAGCGACUGAUUUUCGGGAAUGUGACUGUUACCUAAACAGCCAGUAUAGUUUAGUGCACCAGCACAACAAUAUUUGCCGUAUUUAGGUUGUUUUUUGCUAUGCCCGAUGUCUGCCAUCCUUCAAAAGUACGCAAUAAACUGACCUUGCCGGUGCACGAACACACCAGAAUAUGUCACAAAUUCCUGAAUUUCCUCUUUGGCCGCGUUUUUUUUAUUCGAAGAAAAUCUGCAAAACCAGUACUUUGGAGCUUGAAAAAAUUAUGUUAAGGAAAAGAUAUGCAGAAAAAAGUUACACCAUUCGAUUCAGCACUGCCGGCUCUAUACUAAAAUGGAAUAAAUGGAUUUUAUGCAGUUUUUUCAUUUUUCAUGUCAGUUCCACUUUAAUUAUCUGAAUUAAAUUUUCGUUUUCGAGAAUCGAUCAUCGGCUGAAACUAGCCACUAGAAGAGAAAUUCCUUAGUUGCUUGAUGACAGUAGUAAUUGAGCAGCUUCAUGAGCAUUACCAGCUUUAGUCCUAUAGGCUGGCGUUGUAAAAAUGACUUCCUUCAUAACUAUCGAGAAAGCCUAAGGAAAGAAUAAAUUUUCAAAUGCUUAAAAAGACAAUUAGUCACAUUGAAAACUCCAAAGGGUUUUACCGGUAAC